CUCAACAUUAGCAGAUUCGACCACGAAGUUGACUGUAGCCAUAAUAUUCUUGGGUACUAGACACAAAACAACGAGCACAUUACAGCUUGCAAAAAGUGUAGAGGUGAAACAAAGCAUUGAAAACUAUGUAUAUGGUGUUACUUAAGUUGGUGUCCAUAAGUAAUAAAGUGCUGAUAAAUUACUAAAAGUGCAAAUUUAAAAAUAAAGAUCUAUACUGAAUUAAUAACAUUAGUCACUGAAUAAAUUAAAUAAUUUCUCUUAAAAAAUGGCAGAAGCAGUUGAGCCAGAAGAAAACCGUUCGUCGUGUUGUCGAAGUAGAGCCCCUUGGAAAAUACGUUUCAGUGUAAUUUUUGUUCUAAUCGUAGUAAAAGUCAUUGUUUUAACGACCAUACGGAAGAAUCGUGUCAUAUCAUAUCCUGAGCCGAAAAUAUAUGAUUAUGUCGGUGAUAUAAGGAAACAAGAUGAACAACAACAGAAGCUGCGUGAAAUCUUUUUGAGAAAUCAACAGAUAGAAGAUCUCUAUACACUUAAGAAAUGGAAUAUUUGGAACGUACAAGCUCACAAUUUUACUAUGAAUAAAUUACAAAGUCGUUUUUCACGACCAAUUUAUGCAUCGCCAUUGAAAUCCGAUUUGAAUUUACAGAAUCAUCACACUAAUUAUUUUAGUAAUGUUUCAACUUAUGAAAUAAUUGCAAUAUCUUUGAUUAUUGUUAUUACGUAUUUGUGUACGGGACUAAUGCUCUGGGGUUCAGUAAAGGGGAAGUAUAUAUUUUUUUGGCCCUAUCUAAUUUUUUUAUGCAUUGGUAUCAUUUCAUUAUCUAUAUUUUUUGUAUAUAAAACUGUCGAAAAUUUCAAAUCUUGCAUACAAUCUGGAUUUCUGAUAUUAAUAGUAGGAUUAAUAGUUAUCGGACUCGGAAUCUAUUCUUGGGUAGUCAUUUAUAAACGAUUUAAGCAAUUGAAGACUGUUGAAAUGGAUCAAUUAACUAUAUAAAAGAAGAAAAGAAUAUUCAUCAACACAUAUUUACAAUAAUCGUUUUUCAUUAGGUGAAUUUCAAAACAGGUUAUCAGUUAAAAAAAAAGACAUACUUUAUAUAAAAAAAAAUCAUGAAAGCUUUCAUCAAUUAAGUAAUACUUGAAUUCAUUCCAAUUUCAUCUACAUUGAACUUUAUUUAUAUUUUCAAUAAAAAACAGUUUGAAAAACUAGAUCCGAUAAAAAAUUUGUCAAUUUAAACUUAAAAAUUCCAACUUUUAUUUUUAUACACUUAGAAAUUAUUUUCGUUUGAAAUGCUAAGAUUUUCAUAGUAAAGUCGGAUCACGUUGACCACCUGACGGAAAUUGAUAUAAAUACAUGAAAAAAUUACUAUAACCAUAGUAAAAUUUACAAUGAUGACAGUAAUUUGUGACAUAAUCAUUGCACUGCAGACAAUGAAAGCGGAUGUUGU